AUGCGCGGGUAGUGUACACUGCACGCGGGGUGAAAAUACAUUGUGAUUGUUGUGGCUACUGCAAGUGCCAGGCAAGUUAGCUUUAUAGUCAAUCAGUCUAAAUCUAUAGCACAAUAUACAAAAUGGCGGAUUCGCAAGACGACAAACUUUACAAAGCUGAAUAUGCCAAAAGUGGACGUGCUUCGUGCAAGAAAUGCAAGGAAAAUAUUGCCAAGGAUUCGCUGCGGAUGGCUAUCAUGGUGCAGUCCCCCAUGUUUGACGGUAAGGUCCCUCACUGGCACCAUUUCUCCUGCUUCUGGUUGCGAGCAGCCGCCCAGUCUCCAGGCGACAUCGCUGGGUUCUCUGACCUUCGCUGGGAGGACCAGGAGAAGGUCAAAAAGGCCAUAGAGACCGGGGGAGCUGCAGGAGGAAAAGGUGACGCAAAGGGUGGAGCAAAAGGGGAGAAGACUCUAAAUGACUUUGGAGUGGAGUACGCCAAGUCUAACCGCAGCACGUGCAAAGGAUGUGAGCAAAAAAUUGAAAAGGACCAAAUCCGUGUGUCGAAGAAGACAGUAGACCCAGAGAAGCCCCAACUGGGUUUGAUAGACCGCUGGUACCAUACAGCCUGCUUUGUGGGCCGUAGGGAGGAGCUGGCCUUCAAAGCCGAGUACAGCGCUACCCAGCUCAAAGGCUUCAACACUCUCAGAGUGGAAGACAAGGAGGAGCUCAAGAGGAGACUGCCCACUGUCAAAUCUGAAGGAAAGAGGAAGGCAGACGAGGUAGAUGGAGAGGGGCCAUCCAAGAAGCAGAAGGAAGAUGAGAAUAAGAAAUUGGAGCUGCAGAUGAAGGAGCAGAGCCAGCUGAUCUGGAGCAUCAAGGACAAGCUGAGACAGUACUGUUCCACUAAUGACAUGAAGGAGCUGCUCAUUGCCAAUGGACAGGAAGUGCCAUCUGGAGAAUCAAAUGUUGUAGACAGUCUGGCAGACUGCAUGGCCUUUGGUGCACUGAAACCCUGCGAGGAGUGCAAGGGCCAGCUGGUGUUCAAGAGCGAUGCAUACUACUGCACAGGGGACAUCUCUGCCUGGACCAAGUGUGUGUUUAAGACCCAGCUUCCUAACCGCAAGGACUGGGUCACCCCGAAGGAGUUCCAUGAGCUAACCUUCCUCAAGAAGUUCAAGUUCAAGAGACAAGAUCGAGUGUUCCCUAAGGUGGCGCCUGCCCCUCCCCCUUCCUCCUCUGCAGCCAGUGUUGUCUCCAGUUCUCCCAGUAGGGCCUUCCCAGAGGGAGCCCCAGCAGACAAGCCUCUGACAGGGAUGAAGCUGCUGGCUGUUGGCAAGAUGAGACAGAACAAGGAUGAGCUAAAAGCUGCAGUGGAGGCGCUAGGUGGGAAGAUUACUGGCACGGCCAAUAAGGCCUCUCUCUGCCUCAGCACGAAGAAGGAAGUGGAGAAGAUGACCAAGAAGAUGGAGGAGGCAAAGGAGGCUGGCGUGCGUGUUGUUUCUGAGGACUUCCUCUCGGACAUCAAGUCGUCGGGCAAGGCCCUACAGGAGCUGGUCUCCCUGCAUGCCAUAUCCCCCUGGGGGGCCGAGGUCAAACUGGAGACCCAAGUAGUGGCAGCGGCUUCCAAGUCUGGCGCCAUGGCCGCCAAGUGCACUAAGAAGAUGAAAGAAGAGGAAGGCAGUAGCAAGGCCAGUAAGAAGAUGAAGCUGACCGUGAAAGGAGGGGCAGCGGUGGACCCAGACUCUGGUCUUGAGAACAGUGCCCACGUCCUUGAUCAAAAUGGCAAAAUUUUCAGUGCCACGCUAGGUUUGGUGGACAUCGUUCGUGGAACCAACUCCUACUACAAAUUGCAGCUGCUGGAGGACGACGUGCAGAAACGGUAUUGGGUGUUCCGCUCCUGGGGCAGAGUGGGGACCACCAUCGGUGGCAAUAAGCUGGAUAAGUUCCAUGAUAAGAACUCUGCCAUGGACAACUUUCUGGGAGUGUAUGAAGAGAAGACAGGCAACGCCUGGGGCUCUUCCAACUUCACUAAGUACCCCAAUAAGUUCUACCCUCUGGAGAUUGACUACGGACAGGAUGAGGAGGCAGUGAAGAGGCUAACAGCCAGCGCGGGCACCAAGUCCCUUCUCGCCAAGCCUGUCCAGGAACUCAUCAGGACCAUCUUUGAUGUAGAGAGCAUGAAGAAGGCCAUGGUGGAGUUUGAGAUUGACCUCCAGAAGAUGCCACUGGGGAAGCUGAGUAAGAGGCAGAUCCAGAGUGCCUACGCACUGCUCAGUGAGGUACAGCAGGCUGUUUCGGAUGGUUCAUCAGACUCUCACAUUCUAGACCUGUCCAACCGCUUCUACACCCUCAUACCUCACGACUUUGGAAUGAAGAAACCGCCUCUGCUCAGCAACCUGGACUAUAUUCAGGCUAAGGUCCAGAUGCUGGACAAUUUGCUGGACAUAGAGGUGGCUUAUAGUCUACUGAGAGGGGGAGCAGAUGAUAACAAGAAGGAUCCCAUCGACAUCAACUAUGAGAAACUCAAAACCAAGAUUGAGGUUGUUGACAAGACCACGCAGGAGGCAGAGAUCAUUCUGCAGUAUGUCAAAAACACACAUGCUGCUACACACAACACCUACACACUGGAAGUUGAAGAGAUUUUCAAGAUCGUUAGAGAGGGAGAGUACCAAAGGUACCGCCCAUUCCAGGAUCUGCCCAAUCGCCAGCUGCUGUGGCACGGUUCCCGUACAACUAACUAUGCUGGUAUCCUGUCUCAGGGUUUGCGCAUUGCCCCUCCUGAGGCACCUGUAACAGGUUACAUGUUUGGCAAAGGUGUGUACUUUGCCGACAUGGUGUCCAAGUCUGCCAACUACUGUCACACCUCCCAGUCCGACCCUACUGGCCUCAUUCUACUGGGAGAGGUUGCCCUCGGAAACAUGCAUGAAUUGAAGAAAGCCUCGCACAUCACCAAACUGCCCAAGGGUAAACACAGUGUGAAAGGUUUGGGAAGAAACGCCCCUGAUCCAAGCGCCACUGUCACUUUAGAUGGUGUGCAAGUGCCUCUGGGAAAAGGAAUCAACACCAAUAUUGAUGACACAAGUCUGCUGUACAACGAGUACAUUGUGUAUGAUGUGGCACAGGUGAAUCUGAAGUACCUACUGAAAAUAAAGUUCAACUACCAAACAUCCCUGUGGUAAAAAGGGCAGUAGGUGACCACCAACACCCCUCCAGAAAGAUCUAGCUGACCAAGUCGCCAUCUCACUGCUUCCAGUCCUCACCCCGCAAAGAGGAUAUCUUUGUUCCCGGACUGAAGACCUUUCUAGCCUAAUUAUCAUGUGCUGUAUUCAUUCAGUAGCUCAAAUCCUAACCAAUAUACAAAUGGCUUAUUGCAAUAGCAGCUUUAUUCAAUAGAAUUUAGGUACUGGGCUUAUUUUAUGCACCUCUGUACCUGUUUGUGUUUAUUAGGUUAGUAUUGGUUAUGAAGACUGUGGAUCCUGAGGUCAGAGUUCACCAAUCAGAAUGGAUGAAUUUAGGCACUUUUUGGAUAGCGAUUGUCAUUGAAAUACAAGCGAUAAGAUAAACAAAAUUGGUCUGUAAACUUUGUUAUUGACGUGGUCCUAGACAGAAAUUGAAAUAAAACAAAUUCUCUAUUGCUUUUUGUACUGAUUAACAAGAGUUUCAUGGGUUUCGACAAGCAUAAGGAUGUGAGUUACCUGUCAAUGUCAUUUUGCUGCAGUCGGCCCAGUAGCUUUUAUUCCAGACAUAAGUUACUGGUAUGGUAAAGCUAUUAGGUGACAGUUUAAUAGAACUAUAGUAACUAGUAAAAGAACUGUUAAGAUAAAUACUUUGUAUUUUUAAGGUGUACUUAUUUUGACCUGUGUAUUUUUUUUCAUUUUCUCAAUCUCUUUGUGAAGGCUGACAUGCGAUGAUUGUGCAGACAACAUUUAGUACAUUUUGUAGUAUAACUGAUCUCCUUGUUUUAAAAUAUGUUUGGUUUUCUUCAACCCUAAGUAUCACCCCCUCCCUUCCCAAACAGAAUAAAGCGAUUUGUUUCUGGCCUUCUAA